GUGUCCGAUAAGUGAUCCAGUUUCUUCAAGGCAUGCCUCAAGGUGGUGGAUUUUUCAUCCACCCGCGUGGCGUCCUGUUUCUCCUGGACACUGUUGUUGGGGCAACUAUAAACGGUCUGUGGGAGCAUGCACGGUUGUUAUGGGAACAGUGUGCGGCAGCAUGAAGGAAGCCGGACUGAGCAAGUCUAUGGACGCAUACAGAUACAGCCCAUGCAUAGAGCCGCCAGUUCAGUGAGGAAGUGACAACAGAGUUGAAAAGAGACCUACAGACCUCAGCAACAAAUGCCAGGUAAGUCAUUGUACAUCUGCUCGUAAAAACAUAAUUAGUACUUCAUAUUUAAAUCUGGAGUUUGUUCCAGUGUUACAAUCCACAGUUGCUCCAGUGAAUGGAACGAUACGAUCCAGUGUACCUAGCCUGCCAGUGAUCAAUCCAGACAGGCUGAAAACAGCUAAAGCGCUGGUGGACAAAGCUGUGAAGUGCAGGGACCCUAUCCAGUGAUCCGUGCUGCAUUAUGGGCCAGAGGGUGGGUUGAACGUCGUUUGCCACAUCCCGUCCAAAGAUCACCUACUUACCCCUGCGAUGAGGAGGAGGAUGGUAAUGAUGGGCUGACCUGCAGUUAUUUUACUGAGAGAGCGGAUGAAAGUGAGAAAGGGGAGAACCUUGAUGACAUGUAUGACCUCAUGUCUCGCCUUGUUCGAAAUGAAAUAACGCAUUUCUACUGGACGACACGACGGGAUAACAUAGACUGUCGCUCCUUGCGGCACGACCAGAUGACCAAUCACUAUGCGAAUGCUGGAACAUUUACCACAAAGGUGGGACUUUGUGUGAAUCUGCGUAACCUUCAGUGGUUUGACACAGCAGAUCCUGACACUUUCUUCCCAAGAUGCUACAGACUUGGAGCAGAGGAUGAAAAGCAUGCAUUCAUAGAGGAUUUCAGGAGAACAGCAUGUACCAGCCUGCUGCGGUAUGUGGUUGAGACAAGUAUUUGGAGAAGAGAUGAACCAGAGGGGGAGAAACAAAAAUCCAAGAACAGUGUCACUGAAGAGUUGGAUAAUGAGGAACAUCGAUCUGUUGGUCCAGAAAUUAUUAACACAGCCUUACACGUGUGUCAAGAGUUUCUCAGUGUUCUAAAGCACAGCGACAUUGAUGUAACAGCAGAAAUCCCGCCCUCGGUGGAGGAAGCGCAAUGGGCAGAGUUUCUUAAACACUACUACAUGGUUGUGCAUAAAGGCAAAGUGAUCAGGGGCAGCAGUGUAUUUGUGGAGCGUUGCCAGGAUAUGUUAACCAGACUUCAGGCUGUUUGCCCACAGCUGGACACAGAUGGAUUAAACAACAUCUGGAUCAUCAAACCAGGUGCCAAAUCAAGAGGAAGAGGCAUUAUGUGUAUGAAUCGCCUGGAUGAGAUUUUGGCACUUGUGGACACUGACAGAGCACUGACAAAAGAGAGUAAAUGGGUGGUUCAAAAAUACUUGGAACGCCCCCUGCUGGUCCACGGCACAAAGUUUGACCUCCGUCAGUGGUUCCUUGUAACUGACUGGAACCCUCUGACUGUCUGGUUCUACAAAGAGUGCUACCUGCGGUUUUCCACUCAGCCUUACUCAACAAAAACUCUGGACUGCUCAGUCCACCUGUGCAACAACUCCAUCCAGAAGCACUUCCAGCCGUCUCGUAACCGCCAUCCAGGAGUGCCGGGGGAUAAUAUGUGGUCCUGCUCACAGUUUCGCUCUUUUCUGCAGCGAGAGGGCCGUGAGACAGAGUGGGAGUCGGUGGUGAUACCAGGCAUGCAGCAAGCAGUGGUCCACGCUCUACAGACAGCCCAGGAUUUGGUGGAGCCCCGCAAGGCAAGCUUUGAGCUUUAUGGAGCUGAUUUUAUGUUGGGCAGAGAUCUGAGGCCUUGGCUUCUAGAGAUCAAUGCCAGCCCUACUAUGGCCUGCUCCAGCACUGUGACUGCGCGGCUCUGUCCUGCUGUGCAAGUCGACACGCUGAGGGUUGUGCUAGAUUGGAGGACUGAUCCCAGUGCUUACACAGGAGGCUUCAAGCUUAUUUACAAACAGGCUGCAGUUGAAGUUCCUCAGUAUUUGGGAGUGAACCUGCUAGUGGAAGGAGCGCCCAUAAAGAGAUCCAGACAUUACAGACAGUCUUUUAUCUCUAACUCACCUCUCACUCAUCAGGUCCAUCCAGAGCAGUCAUCUCAAGCUGUGGCUGAGCCAAGACACAAACAGUUCAGUCAGAAGCCACAUGCAGUUGCUGAUUUUCCCCUUUUAGGCAAGGAGAACCAAGUGAAAAAGAGCCAGAUGACAUCUACAUGUCCAAAGAGGGAGCACGAUAGAAAAGCAGAACGUCAAAACACCUGCCCUGUUCGCAGAUCCUGCCGCAGUGUGGCAUGUGAACAGCCUGUGAGUGUACACACUGAACCUCAGAAGAAAGCACAGCGUUUAGGAUUACGUCGCCGUGUCAGUGGGGCAACCCUGGUGCCAAGGAGUCUAUCCUUUUCCUUAGACCCGGCGUGUUGUACAUCAGAGGGUAAACAUCAGUCCAUUCGUCAUCAUGCAUCACACAUGUCCAAAUCCCUCCUUUCCCAGCGAAGUUCUGAGCCACAACAUAAGAUUUCCUCCAGGGUCUUUCCGUCCCUCCAGGGUCCCCUUCCAACCCUGGAGGUCUUUCAGUUGCAACCAAAUAUCGUGACUGGAACUAACGUUUGUCAUAAUUCUGCUUUUUUAUCUCACCCGACUACCCACAAGCAUCAGUUAUGCAUAAACUCUCAAAGGCAAGUCAAAGCUAGAUACAAAGGGGAGCUCACAGGAGAACAUAAAUACAAGAGAUGUUGAGUUGAUGGAGAUGGAGCACAGCCAGAAAUGCUGAACAUAAUUUACAUUUGAAUGGGCUGAAGCCAAAUUACCAGAGUAUCUGUUAGUUUAUCUAUAUGCAUGUCUGUACAAAAGUUUGGCCUUUUUAUAGGAUGUGGGUAUUUCAAUUCCCCACCAGGUGGCAAUAAAGUUUCAAUGAUCAAAAAACAAAGGUUUAAGGUUUGGUGAUGACAGGAAAUAAGCAGAGAAAAUCAUUCUGGGUCCACAGACACACUGGUACAUUUAGCAACAGCUAUUUAAUUGAGUGUUUCAGUGCUUUUUUUAAUAAAAAUAAAAUUAAAAUGUAAAAACAACUUAUUUUUUUAAGGGAUAUGGGUCAGAAUAGUCUUUAUGCCCCAAGAAGAAGAAUGCUUACUCUACUGAUUACAGUCAUUUUCUCAAAACAUUCAGACAGUAACACACUUGACUGCCACAGGUUUAAUCAAAUUCAUGUAAACUGUCUUUAACUAGAUUUUGUUGAGCUGUGUGUUAAAUAACAUAUGUGGAUGAAAGUUUUUUCAUAUGUUUUGUCAUAAUUUUUUAACUACAGCAGGAAACAACGAGAGAGGGAUAGUCGAAUAUGACUUGAGAAAACAUUGUAUUCAUCUUAUCCACUAGUUUGUUAUCCUGCUGGAAGCAGCCAUCAUAAGGUGGGUACACUGUGGUCUUAAAGGGAUUGACAUAGUCAGCAACAAUACUCGACUGGUACAGCAGCCAUGUUCAGUGCUCCUACAUGCAAAUAUUUAAUCCACUAAUCAUGUAUGUGGCAGCAACUCGGUUUAUUAGACAUAUAGACAUGGUAAAAAUGAUCUGCUGAAGUUCAAAGCGUGCAUCAGAUUUAAGGAUGAUUUAAAUUGACUUUGAAGGUAGCAUGAUAGCUGGUGACUGACUGGCUGAUCUGAGUAUUUCGAAAACUGCUGAUCUGCUGGGAUUUUCCCGCAUAAAAGUCUCUAGGGUUUACAGAGAAAACAAGAGAAUUUCUAGAGAGCAGC